UCAUCUCCUCUUACCGAACACACACCAACUGAAGCCGACGCAGGCGACGACUCGACCAGAGAACGUAAGAACGAUGGAAGUCGAGGCCUUCCCAAUACGUUUCACGAGGGGCAUCAGGUCCUACUGGCGCCGGCGCAACUACCAGCCCGUCGACGGCAGUGGCGCAGCGUCCCGCGGCACGCGCCGACACCAGCUGGUGCGGCUCGGGGAUGGCAGCGGCAGCGGGCCCAGGCCGUGGGCCGUGCGGCUCGGCGGGAUGCUCCGGGUGGGGCGCGUCAGGACGCCGGCCCCUGCCGCGGCCGCAGCCAAGGUGCCCAUGCGCGUGCUCGGGCGGAUACGGGACGCCUACGUGGACGUGAUGCUGGGCGCGGCCAAGACGCAGCCGGCCGCGGCGCGGGCGCUACCGAGCGCGCCCGAGUCGCUGUGGCAGAAGCGCGUGCCCGUGCGCCGGUCCCGCAUCCAGAGCCAGUCGCGGCAGAAGCCGGAGGAGCUCGGCCAGAGGCUCGUGCUCGAGAUGUACAAGUCCGUGCGCGCGUCCAGGGACCUUGCCGGCAUGCUCCGUGCGUCGUCAGUGGCGCGAUAGCGUGCAUCAGCAGUGGACACGUUACGCAUGGCCGGGAAGACAGUGAUUUCAUAUUUCGUCGCUUCUUGUUAACCUCUGUGACAUGCUUUACCUGUACAUUCAUAACGCGUAGGGCGGCUCUGCUGAAGUUCACCAAUCCCCAGUAAUUGUAGUAAGCAUAUAACCGCUUUAAGAACUGUUUCAUUGUGUAAUUAAAUGUUCCUUUGGUCAUGUUUGGAACGCAGAAAUUCCGCAAGAAUUUCACUGGAAACAAUUCGAUUCAUAUAUGACUCAAAAGAA